AUGUUUCGCUCUCAGGCAAACACGUUUGACGAGGUAGUCAGUAACNNCAAGGCAACCGACGAGAACCUGACAUCCGAAAACUGGGCCCUCAUCCUCGAUGUAUGCGAUCGCGUAUCUACCUCGCCCACCGGACCUCAGUCAGUCACAGCUGCUUUAAUCAAGCGUCUCGCCCACCGCAACGCCAAUGUCCAGCUGUACACACUCGAACUCGCCAAUGCCUUGUCGCAAAACUGUGGUGCUCCAAUCCACCGAGAGUUGUCCUCUCGUUCCUUCACCGAUGCUCUUCUUCGCCUAGCUGCCGAUCGCAACACACACCAGCAAGUUAAGAGCAAGAUACUCGAGCGCAUGCAAGAAUGGAAGGACAUGUUUAAAGGAAACCCUGAUUUGGGCAUCAUGGAGCAGGCCUACGACAAGCUACGCACUUCAAACCCUGGACUGGCUCCACCUAGUAAGCCUGUCAAGCGUCAAAUCGAGGACACCGACCGUCGCAAAGAAGAGGAAGAGCUGCAGAUGGCCCUUGCCUUGAGUCUGAAGGACAAAGCUCCCGAACCAGAGGCUUCUUCAGCAAACCCAUCUCAGUCCCAGUCCGAUGCCCAACAAGGUACAACAGCUGCCACCGUCAGCAGAGUCAAGGCCCUCUAUGACUUCGUACCAUCCGAGCCUGGUGAGCUGGCCUUCAAGAAAGGCGAUGUCAUUGCUGUUAUCGAAUCGGUAUACAAGGACUGGUGGAAGGGAUCUCUGCGUGGUCAGACCGGUAUCUUCCCACUGAACUACGUCGAAAAACUGCAAGACCCAACGAGGGAGGAGCUCGAAAGAGAUGCCCAAACUGAGGCAGAUGUCUUUUCACAAAUUAGAAAUGUCGAGAAGUUGUUGGCUCUGUUGAGCGUCAGAGGCGAGAACUCACGCGACACGGGCAGCGAGGACGAGAUUACCGAUCUGUAUAACCAGACCUUGUCAAUCAGACCCAAACUAAUCGAGCUGAUUGGAAAGUACUCGCAGAAGAAGGAUGAGUUCACACAGUUGAAUGAAAAGUUCAUCAAGGCUCGCCGUGACUAUGAGGCUCUCUUGGAGAACUCCAUGUCGCAACCACAAUAUCCUGCCCCAGCUAGGCAACAUUCUGGCGGCUACUACAACCCAUACCCUCCCAUGCAGUCUGGAUACCCUCCACAAGGUCCUCCUCCCGAUCAGCGUUUCUACAACCAACCUCCACCAUCCGAGCCUCCCCAGCAGCAGAACGCUUAUGGUUAUCCUCCGCCUAUGAGCAACCCAUCAGCAACUCCGGCACCGGCUCCUUUCCAUUUCCUUCCGAAUGGCGCACCACCACCAGAUGCCCAACAAAGUCCUAAACCCAUGGGACCUGGUCCAAGUGCUCCACCUGGAGAUGGCGGUUACAAUCCUGGCAUGCAGCCAUACAACAACCGUCCUCAGAGCAUUCACACCCUUAACUCGGGAAACCCGCAAGAGCUGAGCACGAGUGCGUACGAAAGCCCCACUGAUGGCCGCAACAAUGUUUACGGCGCUGGCGCCCCUGUACCAGCACCCCUGAACUACACUUCGUCCCCACAACCUCAACAGCCAUCGAAUGCACCUCCUGGGCCACCACAGCAACAGCAAAUGCCAAUCAGACAACGCACUUCGAGCUUCGAAAGCCCAACGUCUGUGUAUUCUGCCCAGCCGCCUCAAGACACAUCGACUACCUCGUACCCUCCGCAGUACCCACCUCAGCAACAUCCCAAUCAAUCGUACACUAGUCUGAGUGGUGCUCAGCCUUCUGCUCCUCCUGCUUCGGGACCAGCCUACCAGGCAUACAACCCUCAAGGUGCACAUCAGCAGGGUCAGCAGCCGCCGCAACAGCAGCAGUAUGCACCCCCGGCUGGCGGUGAUGAUGCUAGUGACUAUUACCGUUAG